AUGUCGAUGCCAAGUUUCCCGUAUCCAAACUGGCCAGACGACUUACCAGUGCUAUCAGACCCAGCCCAAGAUGAGAACGAUGGCGGUUCACAACCAGACGAUAUGGUGGGUGAGGAGGACGAGAACAGUGUUGCGUUGACAUCGAAGAAGGUCUUAGAGCUUUUGGAGAAAGAUGGGCUGCUGACCCGGGCGCCCCCUACAAGUUUUACCAGUCCGGGAUGCAAGGAUACCAUGACAGAUCUCUUUGGGGAUGAAACGGCAUUCUGUGUCUGCACUCGGUGUUCUAAAACCGUUGUACGUUUUCGUAACACAAACCGAAUACGUCAGCGUACUCUUGACGAAUUUUCAACUGUGGCCCCGGAUCGUUCGACAAAGCGCCGAGUGACAGAGGGGUGUGUUCGCGUUUGCGUCAAUGACGGCCGUCCGUAUCAGUCUUUUGCUUCCGAAUCGAUAAAGACACUGUUCGAAAUCCUUCUUGACAUUGGUAAGCGCAUGAAGGCACGACUGAUUUUGGACGGGCAAUACGGCUUAAUGCCUCAUCCCACGACGCUUUCAAGAAAUAUUGUGAAGAUCCACAAACUCGCGCAGAUAGACCUCGCUGCGCUGUUACGGACUCUGUUGCUGGUUCCGAACGAAAGUAUGGCAGGUGCGCUGACUGCCGACUUGUGGGGAGAAAAAUACUCUCGACUGCACUACUUAGGGCUGACAGUGCACUACGUUGAGGAAUUUGUUCUAAAGACUGCAAUUGAUGUCCGCUGGAACAGCCAUUUGUCGAUGCUGGAGAGCAUAUUGCGCAAUCGCAUCGUUAUUGAGGCGUUACUUCACUCUCAAGACGAUGAGGAGCGCAUUGCAUUGCUUGAGCAGCUCAACCAGAGAGUUACGCGGAGCACGUCGUGGGACUAUGUGCUGGCGCUGGUGUCGAUCAUGGGGAUGUUCAACAGAGUAAUUGACUUGCUGCAGAGUCGUGACCGCCCGACUCUGCAUCUUGUCUUCUACUUUAAGUUCCAACUGCCCCAAAUGCUUGAUGAUAUUAAGUUUGCACCUGCGGCAAUGAAGCACAAUAUGCGCGCGGUUGCGUACCUUUUGCAUCCGCUUUCCGAGGUGGUGGCAGCCGACCAGGAUGGCGUAAGUGCAGUGACGCUGGCUCACAUGGGGAAUAUGGCUGCGGCAUUUCCCAAUCUGCUGCACCAAAAGACGGAGACCGGGCUGGAUGAGGCGGCCAUGGAAGGUGUGCGACUGCCAUCGUUCAUAACGUUUGUGCCACCGGCCGGCACUUGA